AUGUUGGCAGAAGUCAUCUUUUAUUUCGCAGCACUCGUGUGCUCUCUCCUCUUCUUCGUUUUCCUAAAUACACACACAUCGAGCAGCAGCGAUGACAGCAGCAUUGACAUUGGUGACAAUGAGAAUACAACAUUGAAUACGUCAAAUAGUCAUCAGCUCUCGAUACCUUCCACGCCUCGUAAAACCGAAAAACAACAACAGCAGGCCAUCACCAGUCCUCGACGUUUAAUUCAACGACAACAUGAUCGUUCGGAUUCAUUACAAGAUUUAUCGGUCAAGAGUAGUGAAUUAAUAUUUGAUGAAAUUAUGAACACAGUUCCGAUAAUAGCCUCACCCCAAGAUGAUGAAAAAUUGAGUUUUGACAAGAUUGUAUCUGAAAAGACACCUCUCGAGAAAAAGAGAGAUCACAUUUUGGAGGAAAUCCUCCAAACUGAAGAGUCCUAUGUGAAAGGUUUGAGAGAGCUCGAGGAAGCUUAUUUAAAGCCCAUUCGAGAGAAGAAGUUACUUUCAAAAGAGGUAUUUGAUAUGAUUUUCAACGACAUUGCAAUUAUUGCUGGAGUCAAUGAGAAUUUUCUCAGUGAACUCAAAAAACUCUAUUUUGGUGACAAGUUGCAAUCAUUUAAUGUUGCGAAAUUACUUUUGCAUUAUGCACAUACUUUCAAGUUAUAUACAAGAUUUAUUGGUAACUAUGAGGUUGCUGUGACAACAUUAGAAGAAGAAAAGAAAAAGAAUAACAAAUUCAAAAAGUUCUUGGAAGAAAUUGCUCACAAACUAGGUGAAGAAUCAACAGCUGCACGAGAUUUCACCAUUGAUGGGCACAUGAUCUUGCCACUUCAACGAAUUCCUCGAUAUGAAAUGUUAUUACAACAAUUGAAAGAUGUCACACCCGAUAGUGAUGAGUCUUAUAGUCUUAUUGAAAAUGCUCUAUUGUUGAUUAAGGAAAUUGCAAGCGGAUUGAAUACGAGUCAACUCGAAUAUUCCAAUAUUCACAAAUCGUUGGAACUUAGUGAAACAUUCAAACUGAAGGAUUUUUUCAUUCCAACCCGAAGAUUACUGUUUUACUUCGAAGGUGAGAACGGUAUUCAAUACAAGAGGUCAAAUGGAAAGCGAGGCAUUAUGGACAUGUACGUCUUUUCAGAUCUGCUCUUAUUGAAUAGAAGAAAUUCGAAAUUCCUUUCCAAACAAGAAUUUAUUUUCUCUCCUCAUUCCAAGGAUGAUAAUUCCACAACGCUUUAUUUGGAUAUGGAAGAAAGUAUCAUCAAUAAGACGAUCACUCUCACAUGUACUUUUAAAUCUGACAAGGUUGAACCGAGAGUAUUAGAAAUGUACUUUGACACCAAACCUGAACAAUAUGAUAGUGUCAAAGAGGCCAUUUUGGUCAUGCUCGAUCUAGAAAGACAAAGUAGAAGAAGUAGUGUUGCAUCAAGCUCCUUUUAA